UGUUUUGGUUUAUUUUGUGUGUGAUUUUUCAGUCUAACUGAAGUGAUCUUUCACCUGAGAAAAAGGAAUUUCGUUUCCUGUCUAUCCUUUUCAUUUCAAGUCGAGUCUUGAUGCUGCUGCUUCUCCAGAUCCAUCUAUAGCAUUACAGCGACUCAUUAUUCUGCUCAACAACACCCUUGUUACUUGCCUUUUGUUUUUGCUUUACAAUUAGCAGUUUCACAAAUGUGUUUAUUGCACUUAGUUUGCCGCCUCAAGUCGGUUUCUAAUCGAUCAUGUCACUGGUCAAAUUUCUUAGCUUGUAAAGGUGGAGAGUCUGUUUAUUAAGAAAAACGUGAUGGAGAUUGAUCUUGAACAUCCGUCUGUACAGGGAGGAAAAUUAGACAGGAUAUUAGAUACAAGCACUUUCAUGCUUGCUGAGGAAGUGGAUACGAAUUAUUCUAGAAAUACUGGACCUGUUCUUGGAAACUCUGCUGGAAAUGAGGCUGAAAACAUAGUGAUGAGAGGCCAAGUAUUACAAGCUGACAGUAGUCGGGCUAACAUAAAUGAGCCCCAAUGUGGGUUGGAGUUUGAAUCAAAGGAGGCGGCGUAUUCUUUUUACAGGGAAUAUGCCAGGUUGGUGGGAUUCGGCAUUACUAUAAAAGCCAGUCGUCGAUCCAAAAAAUCAGGAAAGUUCAUUGAUGUGAAAAUUUCAUGUUCUAGGUUCGGAAAUGAGCGCAAGACAAGUGCAAUAUCUAGUUUCCGAUCAUGUCCAAAGACGGAUUGCAAGGCAAGCAUGUAUAUAAAAAAACGGAAUGACGGGACAUGGUUUAUAUACAGUUUUGUUAAAGAGCAUAAUCAUGAGAUUUGCCCUGAUAACUUUAGUCAUGCCACCAAAGGCAGGAGCGAGCAAUCUGGUGUUAUUGCGGGUCAAAAGAAAGGGCUUCAGUUAUCCUUAGAUGAGGAUGAUGUACAAGUUCUAUUUGAAUACUUUAUGACUUCGCGAGCUGAAAAUCCCAAUUUCUUGUAUGCUAUAGAUUUGGAUCAGGAAAAGCGUAUGAGAAAUGUGUUUUGGGUUGAUGCAAAAGGUAGAAAUGACUACAAAAACUUCUCUGACGUAGUCUUUUUUGAUAUGAAUUAUGUAAGGCAGAAAUAUAAGAUCCCAUUUGCUCCAAUUUUUGGUGUAAAUCAUCACUUCCAGUUCAUAUUGUUUGGGUGUGCUUUAAUUGGGGAUGAAACUACGUCUUCAUUUCUUUGGUUGAUGCGCACUUGGCUUAGAGCAAUGAAUGGUCAAGCUCCUGCAGUGGUUAUUACUGAUGAAGACGAGGCAUUGAAGGAGGCAACUUCGGAGGUAUUUCCAGAAACACACCAUUGUUUUUGUCUCUGGCAUAUACUUAGGAAAAUUCCUGAGAACCUUGGUCAGACAGUAAGUAAUGUUGAAAAUUUUAGUAAGAAAUUUAAAAAAUGUGCACUUCAGUGUUGGACUGAUGAAGAAUUUGAAAAAAGAUGGCGAAAACUGGUUGGUAGAUUUGAACUUAACGAGAAUGAGUGGAUUCAAUCCUUGUAUAAAGAUCGCAAAAAAUGGGUCCCAACUUAUAUCAGGGACUUUUCUUUGGCUGGACUCUCUACAACUGAACGUUGCGAGAGUAUAUCCUCUUUCUUUGACAAACAAAUAAAUGCCGAAAUUACAUUUAAGGAGUUUAUUGAUCAGUACAAAGUAUUUCUGAAUGAGAGGUAUGCGGAGGAGGACAAAGCUGAUUUCGAAAUACUAAAGAAACAGCCCAUAUUAAGAACCCUGUCGCCUUUUGAGAAACAAAUGUCAGUGGUAUAUACACAUGCAAUAUUCAAAGAAUUCCAAGUAGAAGUAUUAGAAACAGAUUCUUGUAGUAUACAAAAGGAAAACCAAGGAAAGACCGUAUUAACAUGUCUGGUUGAUGAUUUUGAAGGGACACGGAAUUUCUGUGUAAGCUGGAGUGAAGCAGAAUCAAGCAUUUGUUGUUCAUGCCGUUCAUUUGAAUACAGAGGUUUUCUCUGUAGACACGCAUUGAUAGUUCUUCAGCUCUCUGGUAUAUCCAACAUACCAUCUCAGUAUAUACUGAAAAGGUGGACGAAGGAUGCAAAAAAUAAUCAGACAUUGGAUGUUAAUUAUAAACGGCCUUAUUACAGGGUUGAAAGGUUUAAUGAUCUGUGUAAACUUGCUGCAAAACUGGGUGAAGAAGGAGCCGUGUCUCAGGAAAGCUACAAUAUUGCAUUCUGUGCAGUUGAAGAAGCCUUGAAACAUUGUGUGGAUGUAAAUAAUUUUGGUAAGGGUACUUCAGAAUCUACCAUCCGCAAGCAGGGGCUUUUAUACGUCAAUGAAGACAAUGGAAGGAGCAAUAUUGGCAAGACGUCUAAAAGGAAAAAAACACAAAAGAAGCAGAAGGUACGCACUGAAACUGAGUUAAUGGCAAUUAGGAGACAAGUCGCUGCCAAUCAAAUGGUGUUGGGUGAAAGAGCAAGUAAUACGGAUAUUUCUUAUGUUCCUCAACAGGAAAUGCAACGGAAGGGUUUUAGAUCUAGAACUCCAAAUUUUGAUGGCUAUUUAAGUUCCCAACCGACUGCUGAAGGAGAGGAUGGGCAUUACACCAACCAACAGGGCAUGCAUGGACUGUUAAAUACAAUUACAUCUCGAUUUGGUCAGUUCAGUGCUCAUCAGACCCUGCAUGCACUGGGACAGGUCAGUUCCACAGCACCAACUGUGCACGGGCAUUUUGGCUUUCAGGAUAGCCUUCAUGAUAUGGAAGAAACUGUGAAUAGUGCUUCGAAUUACUUGCAAGGGAAGCAUAUAUUUAGGUAGGCUUGAGAUUGAGCUGAUAACAGAUUCAGGAGCUUCUGACCCUUUGCUUAUUAUUAAUAUGAUACAUUUUUUGUUGAAACUUUCUUGUUGUGUAUAUCUCUGUUUAGCCUUAGUGCUUGUGUCAUUGUAAUUUGGAGCUUCUUACUACUUGCUAUGGGUUUAUUUUGCUUGAA